UUUUAACCGAUUUGUAUGUUUACAGCCAUCCUCAAAGGUGCAGAUCUUGAAACUUUAUCAGCCAAAAAAGUUCGUCAGCAGCUUGAGGAGCAGCUUGGUGUUGACCUUUCAGAUCGAAAAAAGGAAAUAGACUCAAUCAUCAUGGCUGAUGUAGAAGAUCAAGUUAACUCACACUCAGAUGAGGAGGUAUCAGAGGAGGAAGUUCCCAAAGCCAAGGAGGAUUCAGAGUCAGAGCCAGAAUCGGAGGGUAAGGGUGGUGAUGAUGAUGAUUACGAACCCGGUUCCAAGAAAGGCGCAAGAAAACCUAAGGCUAGUCCCAAGAAACGUAAAGCUGAUGAUGACGAUGACUCUGAUGAAGAAUGGGGCAAGAGGAAGAAGGCACCCAAAAAGGGUGGUGGCGGCGGUGGCGGUGGCCGUGGUAAAAAAUCUGCUUUUACCAAGUCCUUCAAAUUGUCUCCUGAAUUGGCCGAUGUUGUGGGCUCAGAUGUGAUGCCUCGUCAUGAAGUUGUAAAGAAGCUAUGGGCGGUCAUUAAGGAACGGGAGCUGCAGGAUCCUAAGAAUAAGCAAUAUGCAAUCUGUGAUGACCAACUAUUGAAAGUGAUUGGUGUAAAGCGCUUCCUACUUUUUUUGGGUUUAAAAAACACCUAA